GGGGGAUGAGACUCACCUACAGACGUGUCCCUGGUCCCUGAUGCCGUGGAAGACAGCGCUCGGUCGAAAUUGCCUGUGCUGAGGAGGACGGAACGAGCCAAAUUAUUGCAAAGUGAAGGCGGCAAAUCCGGAGAGAGGUCUUCCUCAGCCGUGGGGUCGGGUAGUGCUGCGGCCAAGAGAAAGGAGAGACAGGACUCGCGAAACAAGACCGAACCUUCGAAAUGAGAGGCAUUCUGCUGCACAUCUCCCUCAGUCUCUGCUCUUUCCUUUCUGUCAACGGGCUCGUCAAGGAUUGCCAGAUAAUGCUGGACAUGCAGAGGGAGGAGCUUCGCUGUCUGACGGGACUGAAGCAGCUCAACGUUAUAGAUCUCUCUGAAGGAUGUGCUGGGAUUUGGGAUAAUUACACCUGCUGGAUGCCAGCCAAGGUUGGAGAAACAGUCAGCUUGCCCUGUCCACUAAUCUAUAGGCACUUCAGCAGAGAACCAGGCAAUGUAAGCAAGAAAUGCAUGGCUGACGGGUGGACAGAAACAUUUCCAAGUUAUGAUGAAGCAUGUGUAUUAACCGCCGAAUAUAACAUCAGUGAGGAAACUGAAAGGACUGAUUUUUACAUGUCGGUGAAGAUUAUUUACACUCUGGGACACAGUUUCUCCUUGGUUGCUCUCACGACUGGAUCAGCUAUCCUUUGCUUCUGUAGGAAACUUCAUUGCACACGGAAUUACAUCCACCUAAAUAUGUUUUUAUCAUUCAUUUUCCGGGCAGUGUUUGUUUUAUUGAAGGACAGGAUACUGUAUUCAGAUCAAACUACUGAUCAAUGUAAUGAAAUAAUACUGGUUGGCUGUAAGAUUAUUCUGGUUUUUUUCCAUUACUUCGUCACAGCAAACUUCUACUGGUUGAUGGUGGAAGGUUUGUACCUGCACACACUGCUCAUGGUCUUUUUCUCUGAAAACAAAUAUUUUAUACUCUACAUGCUGAUUGGCUGGGGUAUGCCAACGUUGAUCACAAUUAUAUGGAUUAUUCUGAGAAUCUACUUGGACGACGUUCAAUGCUGGGAUACGAAUAAUCACCCCAUUCCAUGGACAACACUCCGAGUAUUCAUCGUGGUAUCGAUUGCGGUAACCUUCCUCCUAUUUACUAAUAUUACACGAAUACUAAUGCAGAAGCUCAAGUCCCCGGAUGUUAGUAGCAAGAGCAACUCACAGUACAUGAGACUUGCCAAAUCCUUGCUGCUCCUGAUCCUGUUACUAGGAAUCCAUUAUAUCAUAUUUGCCUUUCUCCCAGACGAGAUUAAUAAGAAGUUUAGGAUCGUAUUUGAAUUAUGUCUUGGAUCUUUUCAGGGCUUUUUUGUUGCUGUUUGGUACUGUUUUUUAAAUAGUGAGGUUCAGGUUGAACUGAAAAAGAAAUGGCGAAUUCUGACUUCAUGCAGUCAUCUAAGAUCCAAUUACACUCUGCACAGUGGGUCACUAACAGGGAAUGGCACCGCCCACAGGAAUACCCGAGCACAGUCCAUCCUCCAGACAGAAAUGUCUUUGGUAUAAAUGACUAUGUGGAAUCCAGAAGCUUACUAUAUCUGUGUGGUUUGUCAGGAAGAUCGUGGGAAAUUCUGGCACAUUUUUUUUCUAGAGUCGCAGCAUGUGAAUUUUGGAACAUGUCUGUUUAUGAGAAGUACAUCAAAAGGUUUACAGCUAAGCAAAUUGUCUUCAAGUGUAAUGCCUUUUAAGGAUUCCUUGAAAGCAGUUUUAAUAUGUUUUUCUGUAUGCCUAAUACGCUGCUUGAGCAUUGCAUUUGCUAAGUCGUUCAAGUUCAGGUUCUAGUUCAAGAUCAAGCUUAUUGUCAUUCAACUGUAUGCAUGUAUACCAUCAAAUGAAACAACUCUCCUCCAGACCACAGUUUACAACACAGCACAUAUAACUCACACACAACAUAUAAAGUAAUAUUUACACAAAUAAAUUAACAAAUAAUAAAAUAUAUUCCAGAAGAUUGACAUGUAGCAAAAGGUGUAUUUAUGACACAAGUUAGAAAGUAAACAGUAUAACACUGCUGACACUUCAUAUGUGAUGGUAGAGAGUUUGGUAGUCCCCUGGUCUGGGGGUAGGAAGUUGUUUCCCAUCCAAUUAGUUCUUGUCCUAAUGCUGCUGUGAUGUUGACUGACUCUGCCACCUAGAAAAUAGCUGUAGAUCACCAGUUCCUAGAAGCUACAGCUUCCUGGCAUCAGAAACCCUAAGCACUCAUAACUUUGAAUAUGACUUUCACUGAUCCCUAUCAAUUUCACUCAAUGGAAUUCUGCCAUGUUGCAUGUAUUAAAUAUGUGGGAUUUUUUUUCAAACAUUCCCCUAUUUCAGGUUGGUUAAAGUUGUGUUCUACUGGUACAGUAACUUGUUUCUGUAAGGGAAUUUUUAGCAAUAAAAUUGUGCAGAACUAUGUGGCAAUGAGAGAGACAUGCUGAAUUCAGUGAGAAUUUAGUACUGGGCGGGGAACUUAAGCCUGGAAAUAGCUGUGGCCGAUCUCUCUAACAACUCCCCUCUUUUUUUCCCCACCUCAUCCCCUGUUUUCCUCAAGUCCUGCCCAUUGCCUUCAUCUUCUUUCCUCUGGUUCCCCACCUCUCAAAUCAGUUUCCUUCUUCAGCCCUUUUGCCUUCUCCACCUAUUACCUCCAAAAUUAUCAUCAUAUUCCUUUUCUGUCCGUUUCCCCUUUCCGCACCCUCCUGCCUUGCCCCAUGACCUGGAAUCACCUAUCACCCACCAGUUCCAGAUCCUCUCCCUCCCACUGUCCUUUUAUUCUGGCUUCUGUCCCCUUCCUUCCCAAUCCUGGUGAAGGGUCGCUGUUCGAAAUAUAAAUUAUACUGUCUGACCUGCUGAGUUCCUUUUGCAUUUUGUACGUCUUGAUUGAGUUAAGAGAUAAAAAUUGUAGGAUUUGGAGGUGUUGAGUUCAUAUCUUAACACAAUAGCUCAGGAUCUUAUACUCAGUGAUCACUUCAUUAGAUACACCUGUACACCUGUUCAUUAUUGCAAAUUAUCUGAUCAGCCAAUCUCAUGGUAGCAACGCAAUGCAUAAAAGCAUACAGACAUUGUCAAGAGGUUCAGUUGUUGUUCAGACCAAACAUCAGAAUGGGAAAGAAAUUUGAUCUAAGUGACUUUGACCGUUGUUGCGAGGUGGAUCUCCUAGGAUUUCACACACAACAGUGGUACUGAAAACAAUAAGCAUCCAAUGCUUUGUGGGUAAAAACACCCUGAUAAUGAGAGAGGUCAGAGGAGAAUAGCCAGACUAGUUCAAGCUAACUGGAAGGUGACAGUAACUCAAGUAACCAUGCAUUACAACAAUGGUGUGUAAGUGUGAGGUGGUUCAUUUUGGUAGCUAAAAUAUGAUGGCAGAAUAUAGUAUUAAUGGUAAGACUCUUGGCAGUGUGGAGGAUCAGAGGGAUCUUGGGGUCUGAGUCCACAGGACACUCAAAGCUGCUUCACAGUUUGACUCCGUGAUUAAGAAGGCAUAUGGUGCAUUGGCCUUCAUCAACCAUGGGAUUGAGUUCAAGAACCGAGAGGUAUUAAUACAACUUUAUAGGACCCUGGUCAGAGCCCACUUGGAGUACUGUGCUCAGUUCUGGUCACCUCACUACAGGAAGGAUGUGGAAACUAUAGAAAGGGUGCAGCAUAUAGUAUUAAUAGUAAGACUCUUGGCAGUGUUGAAGAUCAGAGGGUUAUUGAGAGCCGAGUCUAUAGGACACUCAAAGCUGCUGCACAAGUUGACUCUGUGAUUAAGAAGGCAUACAGUGCACUGGCCUUCAUCAAUCAUGGGAUUGAGUUUAAGAGCCGAGAGGUAAUGUUGCAGCUAUAUAGGACCCUGGUCAGACCCCACUUGGAGUACUGUGCUCAGUUCUGGUUGCCUCACUACAGGAAGAAUGUGGAAACCAUAGAAAGGGUGCAGGGGAGAUUUACAAGGAUGUUGCCUGGAUUGGGGAGCAUGCCUUAUGAGAAUAGGUUGAGUGAACUCGGCCUUUUCUCCUUGGAGCAAUGGAGGAUGAGAGGUGACCUGAUAGACGUGUAUAAGAUGAUGAGAGGCAUUGAUCAUGUUGAUAGACAGAGACUUUUUUCCCAGGGCUGAAAUGGCAGUUUUAAAGUGCUUGGAAGUAGGUGCAGAGGAGGUGUCAGGGGUAAGUUUUAUAUGCAGAGAGUGGUGAGUGCGUGGAAUGGGCUGCUGGCGACGGUGGUGGAGGCAGAUACGAUAGGGUCUUUUAAGAGACUCCUGGGUAGGUAAUGGAGCUUAGAAAAAUAGAGGGCUAUGGGUAACCCUAGGUAAUUUCUAAAGUAAGUACAUGUUCAGCACAGCAUUGUGGGCCAAAGUGCCUGUAUUGUGCUGUAGGUUUUCUAUGUUUCUAUGUUUCUAAUGGUGUGCAGAAGAACAUCUCUGAACACACAGCAUUUCAAACCUCAAAGUGAAUGGGCUACAGCCGUAGAAGAUCACAAACAUACACUCAGUGGGUCAGAGUGUCAGAAGCUGUUGAAUUGUUGUGAAUAGAGCUAAGGAACUGCAAGGGUAAAAAUUCCCUGAUGGGAGUUAUAUACACACCACCAAACAGUAGUAGGGAUGUGGUGUACAAUUUUCAACAGGAGAUAGAAAAUAUAUGCCAAAAGGGCAACGUUACAAUAGUCAUGGGGGAUUUCAAUAUACAGAUAGAUUGGGAAAAUCAGGUUGGUGUGGGAUUCCAAAAGGGAGAAUUUCUAUAAUGUCUAUGAGAUGGCUUUUUAGAGUAACUCAUGGUUGAGACGGCUAGGGGAUCAGCUAUUCUGGAUUGGGUAUUGAUCUUUCAAGGGGGAGGGAACAUCGACUCAGACCAUGAGAGGCCUGCGUCGGGUAUUUUCAUGCCUUACAAGGCACAUAUUGGAAGUCUAUGUGGGGCUCCACAUCUUGCACAGACUAGAGCAAUGUGUGAUUAAAUGCCUUAAGGGCACAAACACACUGCCACAGCUGAGGCUCGAACUAGCGACCUUGAGGUAACUAGACGAAUGCCUUAACCACUUGGCCACAUGCCCAACACUUUCAAGAAUCACUAGAAUCUGGAAUGGUUCUGGAAGAUUGGAAAAUUGCAAAUGUUACUCCACUCUUUAAGAAAGGAGGGAGGCAAAAGAAAGGAAGCUAUAGGCCAGUUAGUCUGACCUCGGUGACGGGAUCAUGUUGGAGUCAAUUGUUAAGGAUGUAGUUUUGGAAUUCUUCGAGGCACAUGAUAAAAGAAUAGUCAGCAUGGUUUCCUCAAGGGGAAAUCUUGCCUUACAAGCCUGUUGGAAUUCUUUGAAGAAGUAACAAGCAGGAUAGACGAAGGAGAAUCGGUUGAUGUUGUGUACGUGGAUUUUCAGAAGGCCUUUGACAAGGUGCCACACAUGAGACUGCUUACCAAGCUACAAGCUCAUGGUAUUACAGGAAAGAUUCUAGCAUGGAUGAAGCAGUGGCUGAUUGGCAGGAGGCAAAGAGUGGGAAUAAGGAGAGCCUUUUCUGGUUAGCUGCUAGUUACUAGUGAUUUUCUACAGGGGUUUGUGUUUGGACUGAUUCUUUCUACAUUAUAUGUCAAUGAUUUGGAUGAUGGAAUUGAUGGCUUUGUUGCAGUUUGCAGAUGAUAUGAGGAUGUGUGGAGGUAGUUUUGAGGAAGUAGAGAGACAACAAAAGGAUUAGGAGAAUGGGCAAAGAAGUGACAGAUGGAAUAUAGUUUUGGGGAGUGUAUGCUCUUGCACUUUGGUAGAAGAAAUGAAAGGGUUGGCUAUUUUAUAAAUGGAGAGAAAAUACAAAAAUCUGAGACACAAAGGGAUUUGGGAGACCUCGUACAGGAUUCCCUAAAGGCUAAUUUGCAGGUUGAGGCUUCGGUGAGGAAGGCAAAUGUGAUGUCUAGAAAUGUGAGGACUAGAACAUAAAAGCAAGGAUGUGCUUUUGAGACUUGUGAUGCUUCACUUGGAGUAUUCUGAGCAGUUUUGGGCCCCUUAUCUCAGAAAGGAUGUGCUGAAACUGGAGAGGGUUCAACGAAUGUUCACAAAAAUGAUUCCAGGCUCUGGGCCUGUAUUCACUAGAAUUAAGAAGAAUGAGGGGUGACCUCGUUGAAACCUAUUGAAUGGUGAAAAGCCUUGAUAGAAUGGAUGUGGAGAGGAAGUUUCCAAUGGUUUGAGUGCCUAAGACUCGAAAUAGAGGGGCCUCCUUUUUGAAUAGAGAUGAGGAGGAACUUCAUUAGCCAGAGAACGGUGAAUCUGUGGAAUUUGUUGCCAUAGGCAGCUGUGGAGGCCAUGUAUACUUAAGGCAGAGUUUGAUAGAUUCUUGAUUGGUCAGGGAAGGUAGGGAUAUGGGGCAGGAGGUGGAGGGGAAGACAGGAGACUGAGACUGAAAGGAAAAAUGGAUCAGCUAUAAAGAAAUGGUAGAGCAGACUCGAUGGGCCAAAUGGCCUAAUUCUGCUCCUAUACCUUCUGGUCUUACGGCCACUUUGUUAGGUGAAGUGGCACCUGAGUGUACAUUUCGUCAAUUAUGUCCUCUGGAAUACAAUUGCAAUGAGCAGUCUGAAGCUUCUCAGUUUCUGGAUUCAGUACUGUCUUUUAGAAAAGGAAAUCCACCAUCCUUUCCAGCCUAGCUUUAGGCUGCCACUGAUCUUGUGCAGGGCGCUCAAUUGCACUUUGAAAUGGCCCACUAGAUCAUUCACUUCAAUGACAAUCAGGAAGGGCAACAAACCAGAGACAAGAAGGGAUAUGAAGAGAAGGCAGGAGAUCAGGGCUGAGAGGGAAAUGCGGGUCAGACACAAUAGGCCAAUGGUUUAAUUCUGCUCCUAUACAUAUCUUAUGGUUUUAUGGACAUAUCCAACCACCCCCAUGGAAUCUAAAAUUUGAAGUAUUCCAGCUCUGUACCUCCCACAGCACUCUCUCUGUACCUAUGCAGUUUCAUUUCCUAAGCUGAGUUGAAUUAGAGCUGCUUCUAUGAUAGGAUUAUCGACAUACUGUCCCAUAGAAAUGACAAAAUAUAAUUUGGCAUCCAUAGCCAUUUGUAAUCCUGAAUUCCACAGAUUCACCACCUUGCUUCUCCACAUCUCAGUCCUAAACGUUUUGUGCUGAAUCCUCAAAUAUACCCCUGGUACUAAGCACCUCCAAUCUAAAGACGUAUCCUCCUCACGUUCAGUCUCGUGAACCCUGUCAGGAUUUUGCACAUUUCCAUUUAGGGUCUUGCAUGUUUCAGCCAAAUGCUUUUGUCCUGACAAUAUGAUUCUUAGUUCUGUUCUAGGUGAAACUACCUCUCAACAGUUAACCUAAAAUGCCAUCAAUUUGCCAUUAUGUUACUUUACCAAAAUGAGAAUGUACAAGCCGUCCUUGGGGGUAAGAACACCUGACUUGUUGGCACUUCCACAUGCCAAUGGGAUCCCAUAAUAUUAUUCAAAUGUCUAAAAUACUUGCAUAUACUUGUUCUGAAAUUAGUUUCCUCUCUCACCCCACUUUUGGUAAUUAUUUUUUCUUAGCAACCAUAUGCCUUUUUAAUACAUUUUAUUACAACAUUGUGGAAAUAUAGACAGUGAGGCCACUUUAUUAGCUAUACCUUUACACUUGCUCGUUAAUGCAGAUACUAAUCAGCCAAUUCAAUGCAUAAAAAUCAUGCAGAUAUGAUCCAGAGGUUCAGUUGCUGUUCAGACCAAGCAUCAGAAUGGGGAAGAAAUGUGAUCUAAGUGACUUUGACUGUGGGAUGAUUGUUGGCGCCAGACGGGGUGGUUUGAGUAUCUCAGAAAUUGCUGAUCUCCUGGGAUUUUGUGCACAACAGUCUCUAGAGUUGACAGAAACGUGUGAGAAACAAAAAUCCCAUGAGUGACAGUUCUGUGGGUGAAAACACCUUGUCAAUGAGAGAGAUCAAAGGAGAACGGCCAAACUGGUUCAAGCAGACAGGAAGGUAACAGUAACUCAAAUAUCCAGGCAUUGUGACGGUGGUGUGCAGGACAGCAUCUCUGAACACACAACAUAUUGAACCUUGAAGUGAAUGGGCUGCAGCAGCAGAAAGCCACAAGCAGACACUCAGCGGCAACUUAUUAUGUACAGGAGGUAUCUACUUAAGUGGCCUCUGAAUGUGGUUACCAUCCCAAGUAAUUUUUGUGUUUUAUGCAAAAGAUCACCUUAGGGACGCCUGUGAAAAUGUAACUCAUUCAUCACCUGGGAACAUUCUAUAUAAUGUUUUUUUCUUCUGUAGCAUUGUUAUAGUCCAUGUCUUUCAUUAGGGCUAAACAGUGACCUAAUGAAGUGUUAUUUUCUAUGAUUACAUUUAUCUCCUUCAUAAAUUAUCUAAAAUGGCUCCUACUACCACUCCAUUCCAAGGACAUCCCCGCAAAAUGGAAUUUGAAAUGAUAAUCCUGUUUUAAUUAGAAGUUCUUGAAGCAUUUCCAGGCAGCCCAACCAUUCCUAAAAAGGUGACUGAAAUGCAUUAAAGCUGUUUCCUGGAAGGAUAUUUACCAAUAGUUUAUUUAGAUAGUGGGAAUGUUUUAUUGGACUGCAAAAUGGAAAAUAUAAUUUGAGCAGAUAAAAACUGAUUUGCCUUGUGUCUACAAUGUAGUUCCUUGCAAUUAAGAGAUUUUAUACAGAAUAAAGUAACAUAAUGCUAGAACUUCAUUUCACAGAGACAGAAAAAUAUGAAUUGUCAACAGACUGGUCACACAGUAUACAGAGAUUGUUAAUCUUUGUGAGUUGGUUGCCCAGCUGAAAUAUAACACUAAACAAAUGAACAGGCCUCCUCUACUGAUCAUAGAAUAAAAUGGAGUGUCUGUGUUAAAUGGGAAAUAAGUACAAUAGCUUUAAUUAGACUAUUACCUGAUCUAAGUAUUUACAGUUGUCAAAUAAAUCACAUACACUGAUAUAAAGAGUUUGGGAUCACAAAUGAAAAUUGUAUUUUAUUCUUAAGCAGCGCCUACUUACUUUUUAAGUAAUGUUCACAUUGCCAGCUGUUUAUCUUUAUUAAGACCUUGGUAGUCUUAAUAAAGAGUAAGUCUUGGGAUUGACAUCAUUCCUACUUAUUGGAGACUAGGGAAUUAUAAUCAUCACAAUUCUUGAUUAGUCAAGCCAUGAAGGAAAAUUGGAUCAGCUAUGAUGAAAUGGUGGAGCUGACUCGAUGGGCCAAAUGGCCUAAUUCUGCUCCUAUAUCCUAUGGUCUUAUGGAACCUCUGAGAAAUGAGACAGGGUACAAGUCUACAGCUCAACACUGUUACAGAUUUUGAACGCAGGACAGUACAGCACAGGAAAAGGUCAAUCAGCCUGCGAUGUUGUGUCGAACCAAUUAAAUCAGUAAUCAAAUGAUCAGCUAAACUAAGAAACACACACAAAAUGCUGGAAGAACUCAGCAUUUUAUGCAUGUUGCUCAG